CCCACUUAGUUCUAUAUAUUAUGGCCUUCUCCUCUGCGAUUCUCCAUCCUUCACUGUCUUCUUUCACCUCAUCAUGUGACAAAAACACCAUUAGGCGGCGGCGCCAUGGUGGUCUCAAACCAAUGGUUCAGUGCUGCAGCGGCCUGGGGGAAAACCAUGCUCAGAAGCUGAAAGAGGCAAAGCAUCUGUUCACGAAGAGGAGGCAAUUAUCAGUGGCAAAAGAUGAAGAAGUGUUGGUAAUGAUUGAUGCUCUCCAGCGACUCGGCAUCGACUAUCACUUCCAGGAGGACAUCGAAGCUGUUCUCAACGAUGAGCUCGGAGAUGCCGCCAAGAUGGCGGCCGAGGGCAGCGGCCGAGAAGAUGGUCAUCUCUUCCAGGUUUCCUUGAACUUUCGCUUGUUGAGGCAACAAGGUCAUCGUUGCCCUUCAGAUGUGUUUAACAAGUUGAAGAAUCGGGAAGGGAUGUUCCUGUCGAGAUUCGGACAUCAGAACGUGCAAUCACUGAUGCAACUCUACGAGGCUUCCCAGUGGCUCACACCCGCAGAACACAUAUUGCACGAAGCUCGGGAAUUCAGCGCCCGCCGGCUGCGUUCGUGGACAGCUGCCAACCCGUCGCAAUACGAUCCCCUGGGACAAUUAGCGACGAGAAAAGCCGUCGCUAAUACUCUGAAGCAUCCUUGCCACAGGAGCAUGCCAAGGCUGGCGAUUAAGGACUACUUGAGCAGCUUCAGGGGAACAUUAAUCACAAACAAGCGGCAGAGUUACUACUACGUGGAGACUCUCAAGGAUCUGGCAUUGUUGGAUUGCAAAAUCAAUCGGGCGAUACAUCACAAAGAACUUGGCCAGCUUUCGAGGUGGUGGGAUGAGGUUGGUUUGGCGGCGAAUGUUGGGAGAGACCGGCUGCUGGUUAAAGCUAGCGCAUGGCCUAUGGCGACGCUGUCAGGAUCCGAAUUCGCCGAGUGCAGGGUAGAGCUUGCCAAAAUCAUUGCCAUAGUGUACCUAAUUGAUGACAUCUUCGACACAUAUGGAUCGUUGGAAGAACUCACACUCUUCGCAGAAGCCGUUACUAGAUGGGACUCCGACACAGUAGAAAAACUACCCGAGAUCAUGAGAACAUGUUUUGUGGCUCUCUAUCAUACGACUAAUCAAAUCGGAUACCAAGUUUACAGAAAACAUGGAUGGAAUCCGAUGCACUCACUCAAACAAGCAUGGGCAAAAUUGUUCGAAGCAUUUCUAGUGGAAGCCAGAUGGCUAAGAACAAAAGAGUGCCCAAAAUCAGACGACUACUUGAAGACUGGAAUCGUGACCUCUGGAGUCCCGUUGCUGCUGGUCCACUUCUUCUUCAUGUUGGGCAAGGGCCUAACGGAACAGAACGCGGGACUCGUCGACGGCGACGAGCCGCCGUUGAUAUCAUCCGUCGCCAAAAUCCUGCGCCUGUCCGACGACCUUUCCUCCAUGUACGAGGAACAAGUUGGGUACGACGGAUCCUACGUGGAUUGCUACAUGAAGGAGCAUCCAGGUGUGUCGGUCCAUGAAGCCACGAAGCAUGUGGCGGACAUGAUUGAAGACACGUGGAAGCAACUUAAUCACGAAUAUCUGUCUCCGGCGGUACCUUUACCGACGGCUUUUGGGAAGGCCGUCGUUGAUUCUGCCAAAAUGGUCCCUUUGAUGUAUGGAAAUGGAGUCGUCGACGACGAUGAUGAUGAUCGGGAGUACUCUAAUAUUGAUCGCUCUCAGAGUCUCCAGAAGAAUGCUUAUUAGUCAACUUUGUACCUAGAUGUGUUGGGUUAGGAAGCAAAGAGUAUUCGAAUAAGAAAAUUCUGAAUAAAUUUGUAUAUUGCUUUCGAGCUUUCGAUGAACAUAUUGGUUGACGAGUAGCAAAGAGUAUUCCAACAAACCGGCUUUCGCGUUUCUAGAUAAAGUAAUGAUCUUGGAGCUGGAUUUUAUUUACCAGGCUGCAAUUUGAGGACCUAUUAUUGUUAUAUUAUUAUUAUUAUGAUUCUUGGGAUUGUUAUUCGAUCAUAUUAUCUACAUUGAGAUUUGAUGGCUGGGCUGGCUAGAUCGUUUGUCGGGGCAUGAAACCAUGAAACAAGCUAAGCAACUCAACCAUGCAUGAAUAUGUUAAACAAUCAAAUCUCAAAUGCUGAACCAAUAAAUAGAACAAUCAGAU